AUGAGAGCCGAACCGUUCGACCAAGUCAAAGAGAUGUUCGCGGAGCUACGUCGGGAAUUUAGAGAAAAUUACAAGGAACUCCGUGAGCAAAUCAAGAACGCGAAUGAGAGCAUCGAAAUGAUUAAGUUGUCGAUAGAGGAACUGAAAGAGCAUACUGAAUCGACGACCGAUAAGCAGCACGACUCGAAGGACAGAGAGCCAACCAGGCAUCUAGGAGAUGAUCCCAUGCUACCGGCUCCAGAACAUGGCGAGGAACAACCACAUGAGACUGCAGAGCAUCAAAGGCCCGAAGAGGAUCUCCUGGACUCAACGGCUAAAGAGAGUGGAGCUGCAAAGACGAAAGGAUGCACUCAAAGCGACUCUUGGAAGCAGAGGAAAAGUGCUCGACAGAAGGAUCAGCCAUGUCAACUUCAUGAGACCGGAGGAACGUUACCUGGUGUGUUCAUUCCGCUUGAUAAAAGGUACCACAAUAAGGCUCUGUGCACGCUACCGGAGAGCAUCCACGACCAGCGCUGGGAACUGGAGGAAAUCGAGAGGGAGUUGGAAACUUUUGCUGAAUACUACGGACCACCGACCAUAGGUGCGGCGGAGUACCACCGUGGUGAUUGA